AUGUCUACCUACUGGUUCCCGAAGCUCUACUUCCAGGACCCCACGGACGGCCACUUCGAGGAGGUAGCCAAUGGUGGUCUCCUCGUGUACUACCUCAACCGUGGUGACCAGGACGCCAGCAACAACGGUCCCGGACUCAAGGCGUUCCCUGAAGGCUUCCGCAUGAUCUCUGGUGACGCCGUGUCGCGCUCCGACCAGGGUGGUCAGGGAUAUGACACCCAGGCGGAGCUCGCGCAGUCGGCUAUCCAGUAUUCAUGUCUCCGUUACAACACGGGUGACUCUCAGGGAUACAAUGGCUUCGGGUUCCCGAACACCACCUGCGAGGCUGGUUACAACGCCCGCAUCCAGUUCCCGUCCUGCUGGGAUGGUCAGAACCUGGACUCGCCUGACCACAAAUCGCAUGUUGCUUACCUCUCUGGUCUCGACAAUGGUGCCUGCCCCGACACCCACCCCGUCGGCCUGAUGCACCUCCUCUAUGAAAUCACUUGGAACGUCCAAGACUUUGCUGACCGCUGGACUGCGCCCAACUGGCCGUUCGUCUAUGCCACUGGCGACCCGACCGGCUUCUCCCAGCACGGUGACUUCCUCAACGGCUGGGACACGACUGCGCUGCAGAACGCGAUCGACAACUGCAACAACCCCAACGAUGCGACCGGGCAGGGCGACACCAGCGCGUGCCAGUACUUGACCGUCGUCUCUGCCGACCAGGCUUCGCAAUGCAAGCAGACCCCCGCCCUCAGCGAGCAGACUGGAGGCAACAGCCUCUCCGCGCUUCCUGGCUGCAACCCCAUCCAAAAGGGUCCCGCGGACGCGACGUUGUACUCGACGACCAACUGCCCUAUCUAA